AUGGCCAUGAUGCUGGACGACACGACCGAGUCCAAUGACGAACGGGGCCGAGCCAUUGUCCAGACGCUGGCCGUCGUCGUCGAGUCCAUGGUCCACGCGAGCGACCGCAUGCCCUUAGGGUACUACCACAAGACGAAGUUUGAAGCUUUUCGCGCCCCUGGCAUCUCGGUGCGGGACUACCUCCUGCGGAUUCACAAGUACGCGAGCUGCAGUCCUGAGUGUUUCGUGCUUGCGCUCGUGUACGUCGAUCGCUUGCACCAGCUGCAGGGGUUUGUGCUCACGGAGCUCAACGUGCAUCGCGUCGUGAUCACGAGCAUCGUCUUGGCUGCCAAGUUCUUUGAUGACCAUUAUUUCAAUAAUGCCUACUACGCUAAAGUCGGAGGCGUGCCGUGUCCCGAGAUGAACGAGCUCGAGGUCGAGUAUUUGCUCCUGAUUAACUUCAGUCUCCACGUGAACAGCGAGACGUACGCGCGGUACUAUAAUGAACUUGCCAAUCAUUACGUGUACACGCGCGUGCGUAGCUCUUCGGCCGUGCCUCACUCGCCGUACUAUCAAUUGCGCCACUUUGUUGCGCCGGACCCGCAGCGCGAGGGGCAGCUCGUGUACGUGACGGAGAGUUACCCGAAGGUGCAGCCGCCUCAGGACGUUCGACGCAGCCACCCGGUACCGCUACAUCAACUGAAUCAGCCACGACAGUCGACAGCUGCACAGCAGAAUCAUCAGCAUCAGCAGCAGCAGCAGCAACAUUCCCAUCACCGCCGAACAGUUGAAGACAAUGGGAACAGUGCGGUGGCGACGGCAGCAACAGGGACCAAUGGCAUUGUGCGCACAAAAGCAAGUCGGGCCUCUGGGCAGAAAAGGAGGAGCGCCGUUGCGCUGGGGGUCAACGCGUAA